AGAGUGGCGCGGGGGAGGAAGGCGAGGGACGAUUCGCAGACUACCGGGCUGACGCUCGAGCGAGAGAAACAGACGAAGGAAACGUUGAAGAGGACGCGGGAGCGGGAGCGGGAGGCAGGAGAGCGGGCCGCGGGAGACGGGCUGACGAUUGCGCUUUCGUUGGGAAAGAAGGAGACGAGAGACGAGGAAAGGAAAGGAAAGGAAAGAGCGGUGGCGGUGGAGUGGGAUGGAGAACGAAGGCGAUCGGACUACGUCAUAGCAGAGCAGGAAUUGCGGGCCACUGCGUUCUGUUUCGGCCGGGAGGUUGCGACAUGAGUGGGAAAGGUGCAGCAAAGAAAGGAAGGGAGUUUUGGAGAUACAGACCGGCAGAUCUGCUUUGAUGAUGGAAGUCCGCGGAGGGUGGUGGUGAAUUGAACGUGAUUGGUGUGCUUCUUUACGGUAGACGAGAAAGGGAAGGAGCAGUGGAUCGGGACGGUGGAUUUUAUCGAGUGGAAAAGUUUAAGGAGAAAUUCAUGUUUUUUUCGCGUGAAUCAUGCUCCCUGAUCUGUGACAAUUGGACUCGUUCGUUUCCAGCAUAGAUUCCAGGACUUCUGUUGCUUUUGAGCUGAGAGUGGGUUGAUAUGUGGUGACGAUUGUUACUGUUAUGCACUCACAGCACAAUUGAAGCUUGGACGGGCGCAAACAGAGGAUGGGACACUUUUAUGUGACGCUUGACUCUCAACUCUUUAUCAUUGGAGGUCUGUCUGUCAGUGGAUGAAUUGGCUGUCCUGUUUUUGACUGAAUAUUCCUUAGACUCGCACGAGUUGGGAAAGUCACUGGGUUUGAAUCUGGUUCACUAGUUGGGACGCUAUUUUUGAGAAUCCUUCUCAAAAGCUCAGAAGAGGCGUAGCAUAAUUGAGAAGGAAAUGUCUCAAGGCGGGCAGGUUGAGGAGACAUGUCGGAUAUGUCUUGAAUCGUCGCCUAUAUUUGCUACAAGUUAUUCAAAACUUUCCGAUUCCUUCUUCUUGGAAGACGAUCGGCUCAUCUCUCCAUGCGCCUGCAGUGGUACCCAAGCCUUCGUACAUUUCAAGUGUUUACGUCGAUGGCAGCGUUCGGUUAUGGCUACGAGAAGACCUGGCGCAGGCCAUGGUCCAGCACUUGUAUGCUCAGUGUGCACACAAAAGUUUUCUGUGGCACCCCCAAGGCCGCCCCUAGGUUGUCAACUUUGGAAGGCAUUUGCAGGCUACUCGUGUGAAGUUACAGGUCUUCUUAUCAUACUGUGUGCUUUUUAUGUUGCACUUGCCGGUCACAGUCUCCAGUCUUUGUUGGACGAACUCGAAGGAGGUCUUGCUCUGGCUCGCGAGGUUCUACCCUGCAGCUUUCGCCUCAAUUCCAUGGAAGACGAUUGCGCGGCUGGAAACUGCAACAGCUCACUUUUGGGAAGCAAGGGAUGGGCAUCCUCCAGCAAUUCUAAUCGCCUCCACCCUGUCACUCUUUUGAUUGCCACGUCGUCAAUGCCAUCUCCAUACUUUUUUGGAUCUGUGGUACUUCUUUAUGAACAUCAAAGAUGCAGUGGGUCUCGUGGUCUUGUUCUCAAUAAAGAAGCAGGGGAAGAUGUCGUUCGUGAGUGGGAGAAAAAUGCGCUUUUGGGACAGAACAGACCAGCUAUGAAGCAAGUAGAACAUGGAAUUGGUGGUCCUCAUGCUCAAGAUCAGUGGACUGUCCUACAUAGGUGCCAAGAGUGCGCGAAGUGGGCAGGUAGAUCAGGGAGUGAAGAAAAGUUGGUACUUUCCCGAGAAUUGGGGCACGAACUCGUCCCUGGACUGUAUCUCGGUAGAGAAAUCUCGCCAUUGUUACGCAUACUAGAUGCUUGUAACUUGUCUGAGAACUCUGUAUCUGUCCGUGACUGCGCACAAGAUGUAGAGAAAGGUGGGAGCAAGAACGAAAACGGGAUUGGUGUAUCUGACUUAUCUGCAGCCGAAGAAGCAGCCUCAAAGGAACUUUAUCUGGGCUUUGACCAUCACGUUUUGCACGGGCAUGCUAAGUGGGUUGUAGGGCAGCUCGGCAGUGAGAUUAGACGAGGAUGGUGGAUAGUCGACGAAAAUUCGUCGGAUGUACUGAUCUCAACCCCUCUGAAUGAGCUUUGGCACGCAUUGCGUACAGCAUAAACAAAGUUGUCUAUAUUUCAGGACUGUCCCUCUCUUCCCCUUUUCAUUUUUAUUUUCUCUUUUUUCCAGAUAGAUCAACAUUAUAGUGGCAAGACGUUGUUCUCUAGUUUUUAGAAAGGCAAUUGCAAGGUAGGGGCAAAUCCUUGUACAUAUACGGGCAAGUUACUGUAUACUUAAAAGUUCAACAGGCUCUGUUAUAAAGGUUAUAUUCCA